AUGGCGAGCCCGUUCAACGCACGGUGGGGUAUUCUGGCUACUGGUGGGAUUGCUGCAACCUUCGUAAAGGAUCUCUUGAAAAACCCCAAACUACGAGGGACCAACGAUGUCACUCAUACGGUGACUGCCGUCGCCUCGUCUUCAUCCAAGGCCCGGGCGGAGCAGUUCAUCGCUGAGACCAAGAUCCCCGGGCCUUGCGCCGCAUACGGCUCGUACGCGGAGCUCGUCAAGGACCCCAAUGUCGACAUCAUCUAUGUAGCCACGCCGCACUCGCACCACUACCAGAACACAAUGCUCGCGCUGGAGGCAGGCAAGCAUGUCCUCUGCGAGAAGGCCUUCACCGUCAACGCAGCGCAGGCGAAGAUCCUGUGCGAAACGGCCAAGAAGAAGAACCUGUUCUUGAUGGAAGCCGUCUGGACCCGGUACUUCCCUCUCAGCAUCAAGGUCCGGGAAUUGAUCCAGAAGGGCGAAAUUGGCGAAGUGCUGCGCGUUAUCGCCGAUAACAGCUUUGGCGAGGAUGUCGAAACGGUCUGGGGGACACAACACCGCAUGGUGAACAAGGAUCUGGCUGGAGGUGCACUGCUCGACUUGGGUAUCUACUCUCUCACCUGGGUCUUCCAGACUCUCUACCACACUCUUCCCCGGUCCCAGCGCAAGCCUCCAUCCGCCAUUGCGACACACAUGACCCCGUACCACCUCACAGGCGCCGACGAGGCGACCACGAUGCUCAUCACCUUCCCCACGACCACUCCGUCCAACCUGCCUAAUCAGACCUCGCACGCCGUCGCCAUGACGCACCUCCGCAUCGCGACGGAUCCGGACAAGAACAACUCCACCCGGCCCGCGAUUCGUAUUCAGGGUACCAAGGGUGAAAUCCAGGUCGAUGGACCGGCAUUCCGUCCUGUGAGAUUCCGAGUGAUUCCCCGCAAGGAUGAGAAUGCCACCGAGCCUGUGACCAUCCGCGAGGAGACCUUCCCCUUCCCUGACAACGGCCAUGGUAUGUACUGGGAGGCAGACGAGGCGGCACGGUGCGUGCGGGAUGGCAAGCUCGAAAGCGAGACACUGCCCUGGGAGGAGAGCAUCCUCAUCAUGGAGGUCAUGGAUGAGGUCCGCAGACAGGGUGGAUUAACCUACCCUGAGAAGAUUGAGUCGACCGUCUACCCUCUGCAGCUGUAA